UUACACAUGAUGGAUGACGAAAUCGUAAGUUUGAAGACGAAGCUUUUGGAGAAAGAAAGAGAGCUUGCAGAUUUGAAGAGGAAACUCGAUCAAACGGAAAAGGGAAACUCAAGACUAACAGAGUUGCAUGAGUCAGUGACUGAUCUUCCGCCGCUGAAAUCACUCACAACCUUGAGCAAUGAAGACAUCAUGAGAUUCAGCAGACAGCUGCUCCUGCCGGAGCUGGGCGUUCCAGGCCAGGUGUCCCUGUCCAAUAAAUCUGUUCUGGUGGUGGGAUGUGGAGGUUUAGGUUGUCCUCUCGCGCAGUAUCUCGCUGCAGCUGGAAUAGGCCGUCUGGGUCUGUUGGACUAUGAUGUGGUGGAGCUGAGUAACCUGCACAGACAGGUGCUCCACACAGAACUGACUCUGGGUCAGCCUAAAGCCCUCUCCGCAGCCGGGGCCAUCAGCAGGUUGAACUCUGCGAUUCAGUGCGUCCCGUAUCACCUGCAGCUGUCCAGAGAAAAUGCCAUACAACUCAUUCAACAUGUCCUCAUGUAUGACAUCGUGGCAGACUGUUCCGACAAUGUUCCUACACGAUACCUCGUGAACGAUGCCUGCGUUCUCACCGGCAAACCUCUGGUGUCCGCCAGUGCUUUACGAAUGGAGGGACAGCUCACAGUGUAUAACUACAGAGGAGGGCCGUGUUACAGGUGUUUGUACCCCUCGCCUCCUCCGCCCGACACCGUCACUAACUGCUCCGAUGGAGGAGUUCUGGGAGUGGUGCCUGGGAUUAUGGGCUGCCUUCAAGCUUUAGAAGUUUUGAAAAUUGCGUCCGGUCAAGGUUCUUCAUUUGAGAAGCAGUUGUUGAUGUUUGAUGGCCAGGAGGGACGUUUCCGGUCCAUUCAGCUGCGGGCCAAGCAGGCCGGGUGUGCGGUGUGUGGAGAGACCCCCACAGUGACCCAACUGCAGGACUAUGAGCGCUUCUGUGGUUCCGCCGCCACCGAUAAGUGUCGAAGACUGAAUCUUUUGACCAAAGAACAGAGAGUCUCUGUGCAGGAGUAUAAGGAGAUUGUGGACACUUCGACCCCUCACGUCCUGCUCGACGUUCGGCCCAAAGUUGAGGUGGACAUUUGCCGUCUGAAAACCUCUAUCAACAUUCCACUUGCUAGUUUGGAGGAGAAGAAAUCUGAACAGAUCACGCUGUUGAAGGAUAAAAUCUGUGAACUUAAACAACACGGGAGUAUCACAUCACAAGUCCCAGUGUUUGUGGUUUGUAAACUUGGCAAUGAUUCUCAGAAGGCAGUUCAGGUCCUAGAGAAGAUGUCUGGGAAAGAAAUCGAGCCGGUUACGCUGAAGGACAUCGGUGGAGGAUUAAUGGCGUGGGCUAACAAAAUAGACCCCUCUUUUCCUCAAUAUUAACUGCUGUUUUUUGUAUUGUAAAUGAUUUUAUGAAUAAAAUGUAUGAAGAUACAAUGAAUUGCUGUUCUUUAUUUUUACUUUAAUUAUUAGAUUUUACCUUCGUGUUGGUUCCAAGUAUUUUCAUUGUUUUUUUAAUGGCACUAACACAACAGUAUUAAAAGGGUUGUUCCUCAUUUAUUAUUGUUUGUUCAUUUUCCAUCUGGAAUGUAAAAGAGACACAUUUUUCAACUGAUGAAACUGCCGAUUAUACUUUUUUAAAAUUGCUGUUUUUAUGCAAACGUGUAUCCAGUAAAACCGAAGGCUAAUAGACAUUUUUAUUUAAAAGUUUCAUUUUUUUAACCUAAUGACACAACUGUGACACCAAAAAUGAUCACAGAAUUAUGAUUUAUUGUUUUUUAACAUUCAUUUGAACUAUUAGAGGGACACCACUUGCCACAGCAAAUGAAAAUGUGCCGUCUUAUUGUGUACCAUUGGGUUUUAUUCAGAGUCUCUCGAAUAAAUCGACGUAAUGAAUAGUUAUAGCAAUGCUCACAGGCCUUUAUCUAGUUACUUUUCUUUUCAUCUUCUUGUUAUAAACCUUUCAUUCAUGUGUUUUUUAUGUGUAGAUUUUUAUGUUUGUGAAUUACGUUCAAACAGAUCUGUUGAAAGUUAUCUUUCAAUGUGAGGUACUGUUGGCUUAAAAUGAUCUUUUACUAAUGACCUGACCAUGAUUAAAGGCAAGUUC